AGAAGAAGAACAAGCUCUAUGCGGCCUUUGGCUUUACACAUUUAGCUUAUUUCAUUUUUUUUUUUAAAUUUAGCUAAAUCAAAAAAAUCGCUUCCUACCCUUGAAUGCUGCUGGCUCGGGGACUUGUUUGGCUCACACACGCCUUCAUGCACUGACACCGAGCAGUGGAUACAAGAGCACACAGUCAUGUCUCGGAUUGGUCAGCUGGACAGGAAGAGUCGCUGGCAGGAGAUUCAGAAAGGUCUACAGUUUAUACAAUCAACACUACCAUAUCCUGGAACUCAAGAUCAUUAUGAAAUGUUCAUUAAGGAUCUUGUUUGGAAUCUUUUCGGAGAAGGCAACGACGUGUUUAAAGAGGGCGAAUGGACAAAAUCCGUUGAGAUGUACACAGAAGCCUUGAAUAUAGCCGAUUACGCCAAUUCGGAGGACAUCUGCGUUGCAGUGGGUUUACUUGAAAAGCUUUAUGCAAAUCGAGCCGCCGCAUGCUUGAACAUCAUUCCGGGACUGUAUGAUCAAGCACUAGAAGACUGUGAAAAGGCCCUGCAGUUGAAUGAAGGCAACUAUAAAGUGCUGUACAGAAAAGCUAAGUCUUUAAAGGAGAUGGGGAGGCAUCAAGAGGCCUACGACGCUGUGGCCAAAUGCUCUCUAGCUGUACCUCAGGAUCCCAGUGUUAUACAACUGACUCAGGACCUCGCCAAAACGUUAGGACUGAAAAUUCGGAAAGCUUACAUCAGGACGAAGCCGGCCUUGAAUGUUUUGCAGGGAUCAAGUCAUCAGGAUGCCACUUGUGACAAGGCAUCCCAAAGCUCAUCCUCAGUUGAAGAAAUAGAAAUUGAAGUGCCACAGUUGGUACCGGACAGCAGUGUUUUGGUUCCCACGCCAGUCUUUGUUCCACCUCUUAAUAAGACAGCAGUAGAUGAGCUCCCGCUUUCCAGCAGUAUUCCACCGAUGUCUCUGUCAGAGGUUCCAGGUUUUGAAUCACUAUCUCUGCCCGUGUCUGCGCCCUCACCCACCCCUCUCGCCAUAUCCACAUAUAUGAAUGGCUCCCGAUCCAGUAAGCCACUUUCCCUGUUUGAGACCAACAAAGACUUAGACGGGGACAUCAUCGGUAACGACUUGGAUGACCUGCUAGACCAGGCCAGCCCAGAAACGGCGAUGGUCCUACCCACAAUGAAGUGCCCUCUUCCUCGGCCACCCAGUAUGCCCUCGGCCACCUCCAUGCCGAGUCCAUUCCUCAUGCCGUCUCACAUCAACCCCUUCCUGCCCAGCACCCAGCAGUGCACUAUCAAUCUCCCGCCGCUGUAUAACCAAUUAGGAUCCAGUGUCUAUUUUGGGAUGGACACUUUUGAAACCCUGACCCAGCCCCUGGACACCCUGGAAAGCCCCUCGUUAUCAGACUUUAAAACAGAUUAUUCUUCAAAUACAUUCAUGCCACAGCUGGACAACAGUGAAAUGCCAAUGGGAAUGGCUGUGGGCAUGCCUGAGGUGAAGGGCCAUUCUGUCAGCAAAACCAAGAACCCCUUAGCUGAAACUCAUGAAUUCAAACAGGCAUGUUCAGUCUGCUACACCAGAACAGGACCUGCCGUGUUGGACUACACGCUUCAUACUGAAGAGCACAAAUGCAAAAAAGACACUUUACUUGGCAGACUAAAGCAUUCACUUGAUAAAACUUGGAGGCUCAUUCGGCCCAGACCGACAAAAACCCAAUAUGUUGGACCUUAUUACAUUUGCAAAGAGGUGGCUGUGGGAAAAGACUGUCUCUAUCCUGGCCACUGCACGUUUGCAUACUGUCAGGAGGAAAUCGACGUUUGGACGCUGGAGCGGAUAGGCCUUAUAUCUCGGGAGCUUCUUUUCGACCCUUUCGGGCCCAGCUCCAACAUUAGGCUGACUGUGGAGAAGAUCUUACAGGAGCACCCGGAGAUCUUUGUGUUUCUGUGCGGAGUGUGUUUUGACCAUAAACCUAGAAUAAUCAGCAAAACCAACAAAGAUAACCCGUCGCUUUGCUCUCAUCCGGUAACGAAGCACGACUUUGAGAAACAUAAAUGCCUGGUCCACAUAUUAAAGGAGAACACGGUCCGAUAUUCAAAAAUCCGAAUGUUGAAUCCCCUCUGCCAGCUCGACCUGUGUCGACAUGAAGUGCGGUACGGCUGUGUCAGAGAGGACGAGUGCUUCUACGCUCACAGUCUCAUCGAGCUGAAGGUCUGGAUGUUGCAGCACGAGUGCCGUAUUAGUCAUGAAAGUAUUGUUCAAGAGGCCACCACAUAUUGGAACUCAAAUAUUGCACUGCGACGUGCCCAGUUUUUAGGCCAAAGACGGUUCGGGCCUCAAAAUUUGAAGAUGAUGUUUGUUUGUAGCCAGUGUUGGAGAAAUGGGCAGCUAAGUGAAGCGGACAAGAACAAAAAGUAUUGCUCAGCCAAAGCAAGGCACACGUGGGCCAAAGACAAGCGUGUGGUUCUUGUAAGCUCCAUUGAGAGGAAAAAAUGGACAACGAUUAGAGCCCUUCCUACCAAAAAGCCGAUCCCAGCUCAGUUUGAGAUUUGCAUGCAUGUGGCAGCCGGCAAGAAGUGCCAGUAUAUUGGCAAUUGCACAUUUGCUCACAGUGUGGAGGAGCGAGACCUUUGGACCUUCAUGAAGGAAAAUAACAUUGCAGAUGCAGAUCAGCUUUAUGACAAGUGGCUGCAGUCUCAGAAGGCGGGCUGGGGUGAGGAGAACGCUAAUAUCUCUGUGAGGGAGAACGGCAAGCCGAUCCACAUGCCAACAGACUACGUGGAAGAAGUGGCUGGCAAUCACUGUUGGCUGUGCGGUAAGAACUGCAACAGCGACAAGCAGUGGCAGCAGCACAUCACCUCGGAAAAACACAAAGACCGAGUCUUCAACUGCGAGGACGAUCAGAACUGUUGGCAGUAUCGAUUUCCCACCGGCACUUUCAAAGUCUGUGAGAGGUUCCUCGUAGGGACGUGCACGGAAGAUGACUUGUGCAAGCUGGCCCACGGUGAACAGGAGCUCCGGGAGUGGAUGGAGCGGCGGGAAGUGCUUUUGAUGAAACUGGCCAAAGCCAGAAAAGACCACCUUAUAGCACCCAACGACAAUGACUUUGGAAAAUACAGUUUUCUUCUUAAGGACAUCAAGUAAUGACAUGAAGAUCACGUGAAGAGAAGCAGUACUCUAACUCGAGGUGAUCUCGAAGGUGUCUGGGAAGUAAGCCAGAAUGGAUCAUGGCAUGACGAUCGGUGUCCGCUUCGCCGCUGGCCGAACAAACGGGAGCAUUAACAAAGAAGCUUUGCUAGGCACUGCUCAUGUGAAGAGGGUGAUGGAAGUAGCAUGUUGUAAAGCCUUUUGUCCCGUCUGCCCGACAGUCUUCAACACUCACACACAGCCAAAUCAUUUGAAAUUAAUUUUAAUCAGUCCACAUAAGUCGGUUUUCUCCUAGUGUUACCAAAAUUAACAGGCAACACACAAAAUAAAGCUUUUUCUUCUAAGUACAUCUGUAUGCUUGUUUGUGCUUUGUAAUUAGAACAUUAUCUGCAUAAAUUAACACACUAAUGAAUUUAUUCAUACGAUAAUCGAGGUGUCUGGUGAGGUCUGUUUUGUUUCCAGCUGUCAUGGUCCGACAGAGGCGGGGCGAGCCAGCACCCGCUGCAGAUCCUCCACCUCCAGCUUCCACAUCUGUCUGUGCAGCGUGGCGUGCUCGGAGAGGUCGGCCAGCUUGACGGCGCGGACCACCGGCUCCGGGGAGACUGCCUGGACCACGCCCAUCACCAUCACAUAUUUACCUGGGCGAAGGGGUGGUUAAAAAGUCGUGUCAUUUUCAGGUGCGUGAACGUGAAGUCACAAAAUACAACUUAUAAAAGAAAAUCUAUUUAUUCAUAUAGGGCUAUGUACAAAAGGAAUUAUUUGGGUUAUGGGUAUGCUGGGGCCUAUCCGAGCUGACUUGGGGCGAGAGACAAAGCACACCUCGGACUUCAAACUGCAAGGCACAUAUCGACAAACAACAUUCACACAUGGUCUGUUUAGUCUUCGUUGAACCUAACACGUUUUUGGAAUGUGACAAGAAGUUGGAGUUUUGUGUUUUUGUUUUUCAGGUGCAUGCGUUUCCAGGGUUGCGGCACAUUUAUGUAUAAAAUGUACCGUUGGUGGUUGGAGCUGGACGAAUGAAAUUAUAGGCUACUUUGGCUUAUUACCGUUUUUUUCUUGAAAUAUAAAACAAAUCUAAAUAGCUCACAAACAUUUGGCCGACAAGAAAGCCAAACAAACUCUCGCUUUAUUUACCCGAAGACAAACACGGUUUCCCUUUAGGCACACUGUUGACGCCCUGGACUGUGAACGUGCCCGUCUCGUCCAUGAGCAGCACGGUGCCGAGCUCCAACUGCACCUCCAGCACGGUGCCCUGCAUCCACACCAGCGAGACCGGCAGGGAAAGAGCCCUGCCCAGC